AUGAGACUUGUUUCAAUUCGAAGCUUUUUCAGAGUAUUCCACUCUGUAAAAUACACGGCCUGCCAGCAUUGUGGUGCACCAUUAAAAGAAAACGAAACCGCUCACACAUGUGACUUAGAUUCCAUCCCUCUCCAGUUUCAAUUUUCCCACCUGACAGAAAAAGCAAAUACAAAUUAUUUUAACGAAAGAAUGAAAGGAAGAAGCUCAAUUAGAGAAAUAACAUUCUGAUUAAAUGACUAUAUCACAGGAUUCGAUGUAAAACUUGAAGAUAUUCAAAAUAAAAAAUUCUUUGACACCACUGUUGGGAACAAAGCUGAAAAAAGCUUGACUGUAAAAUUAAACAAUGCAGAGUAUAUAACAAAUGUAGAAUAUGGCUGCGAUUUUCAUGGACUGUUUUGCUUACUCCCCCCCCCUCGAAGUUCGACCAAGAUUUUUUUGGUCGAACUUCGAGGGGGGUUAAGAAAAAUUUUUUAAAAAAACAUUAUAUAGAAUUGUUUUAUAUAAUUUAGUAGUUAAAAAAAAAAAAUUUAUCAUAUUCUUCUGUAUGGUUGAGAGGGUGUAAGGGUUAGAAAAAAUAGUGCAAGAUGGUUUUGUAACGCUUUUUUAGAACUUGAAUACAAAAAUCGCAAGCUCACCCCCACAUAGUUUAAAAUUUUUGAAAAAUUGCUUAUUUAUAUAGGUCUUGGUCGAACUAUGAGGGGGGUUAAUUUUCCAAAAAAAAUAGGAAUUUUCCCUAUAUCUUGGUCGAACUUCGAGGGGGGGAGUUAGCACUAUAUACAAAUAGUAAUAGAACUAUUUUGAUAGGGGAAAGGCAAAGGCCGAAAAAAAAGAUUGCAGUUCCUGAGGGGCAAGGGAUUGUGGGGAUAUUCGGAGGGUUUACAAAUAUCAUUGUGCAUGUGGGGUUUUAUUUUGAUGAUAUUAAAAAUAUCAACUAUGCGAGGCAUAGAGAGCUGCUACUGAUAAAGUAUAAAGGAAAAAAACCGGAGAAUGAAGAUGGCGGUAAUGGGAUUUUAAGCAUACUUUUGGAAGUUGACGAAUACUUAUUCAGAUACUUACUCCUGCUCUUUAAAAAGAAAAAACAAAUCCUGCUUUAAUAUAUUUUUUUAAAAAAAAAAUUUAUUAAAUUUUUCUUUAUUAAAAAUUUAAAAUCUUAAAAAAAUAUAAAUGGAGCAUGAUACUUUGAAUUUUAGUUUAAUUUUAUGAUAAAAAUAAUUAAAAAAAUUAAUCGAUUCAUUGUGGAAAAUGUUUAAAUAUCACUCUAUAUCCACUUUUCCCAUUAAAUUAGGUCAAAGUUAAUUUUAUAAAAUUAGUAUUUUCGUCUUUAUAGGUAAUUCCAAUAAUUGCCUCUAUAAGGGCAAGAGAUGGAACAGGAAAAUCUCUAGGUUAGACCAUGAGUCAGCCAAAGCAAUUGGAGAGUUUCCCUUUCCAUCUAUGCCCUAUAGAGACAAUUAUAGGAAUUAUCUAUAAUUUUUUCUUUAAAAUAUAAAUUGAGCACAACAUUUUGAAUUUUAAUUUAUUUUUGUGAAGAAUUAAAAUAAAAAAAUUAAUCGAUUCAGUGUGAAAACUAUUUAAAUAGCACUCUACUUUCGUUUUUAUCUAUUAUAGGUUAAAACUGAUUUUAUAAAAAAUAUCGUUAAAAUUUUUCUAUUGAAAAAACAAGUUAAAGAGGAGUUAAAGUACCAAAAAAAUGCAAAUUUUACUGAUGUUUUGUUCCAAUUUAAAAGGGGGGGAGUUAGCAAGCUUUGUAUAA